AUGAUGGAGCAGUUUUCUGCGUCAGUAAUAUUCAACGAUCAGCAACGUGAUCUUAUUCACCACGUUGCAUUCGACUUUCACGGACGCCGAAUUGCAACAUCGUCCAGUGAUAUGAUGGUUUGCGUGUGGAAUUUAUCACCAAAUGGUAACUGGGUUAAAUCAGCUUCAUGGAAGAGUCAUAGUGGACCAGUCUGGAAAGUUGUUUGGGCACAUCCGGAAUUUGGACAAAUUUUAGCCACGUGCUCUUUUGACCGGAGCGUCACGAUUUGGGAAGAAACAGUGCGUCAGCCAGUACAAAUGAUAAUUAAUAGCGGUAUCCAAAGUGGUCAGAAAGAGCAGCAGCCUCGAUGGAAGCGUUGCUGUCAACUUGUGGAUAGUCGCCAUAAUGUGACAGAUAUCAAAUUUGCUCCAAGACAUCUUGGUCUGAUGCUUGCGACUGUGUCUUCUCAAGGGGUUUUGCGGAUAUAUGAAGCUCCAGAUAUAAUGAAUUUAUCAAUGUGGAGUCUGAAUCAGGAUAUAGCUGUUUUCCGAUGUCGUUGUAGCUGUCUCUCCUGGAGUACAAAUCGUCUUGCAAAACCUCUCAUUGCUGUUGGAUCAGACGAUGCACAUACAACUGGAAAACGAGUAGCUAUUUAUGAGUAUCAUGACAAUCUUAGAAAAUGGCAGCUUCUUAAUGUUCCUUCCUUAAAAAUAAGUGAAUCAGUAACGGACAUUGCUUUUGCACCACCAGCUGGCCGAUCAUACCAUAUACUUGCCAUUGGCUCCAAAGACAUUUUUUUGUUCAAAUUAAGUAGCAAUGGACAGUCUACAGAUUUAAAUGGUGAUUUGAUUGAACGUUGUGGACCCACCGCCUAUGAAAUUACCCAGUUGGAUGUUCUUGAAAAUCCAUCUCAUUUGCCAGUUCAGGUUUGGAGAUUGUCGUGGAACAUUACUGGAACUAUAUUAACAGGCGGAAGUUCGGAUGGGUGCAUUCGCCUGUGGAAAGAAAAUUUAUUGAAUAAAUGGAGUACUAUCGCUACAAUUAAGUCGAUAGAAGAUCAAAAGCCGUCAGAUGAUGAUCCUGAAUCUAUCACAUCAAUAGGUUCCCUGACUAGAGAUAGCUUGAAUGAAAAAAGCCGUGCAGAAAUUGAGAAGUUGUACCAAAAGGAAUCUGUAGAUGAAUUGCAAGCAAGAAUGUGUGGCAAAUUGGUAUUUGGGACAGCGGGAGUACGAACUAAAAUGGAAGGAGGUUUUUGUCGAUUGAAUGAUUUGACAAUAUUAAUGCUAACUCACGGUUUUGCUGUACACUUAAAAAAUACUUAUAAUCGUGAAAGUAAUGGUGUUGCAAUUGGUUUUGAUGGCCGUCAUAAUAGCAAAAAAUGGGCUACAUUGGCAGCCAAUGUAUUCGUUCUUAAUGGUAUCAAAGUAUAUUUAUUCUCAGAUUAUUGCCCAACUCCUCUUGUGUCUUAUGCAACGCUGAAAUUGGUUUGUGAUGCUGGCUUGAUGAUAACUGCAUCACAUAAUCCGAAAUACGAUAAUGGGUACAAAGCUUACUGGACAAAUGGAGCUCAGAUAUUGUCGCCUCACGACUCAGAAAUAUGCCGCAUUGCUUAUGAAAAUGGGGAACCAAAUUCGGAGUAUUGGAAUACAUCAACACUAUACUCCCAUCCACUUUUUCAUUCAGCUGAUUCCGUUUUGGAAAAAUAUUUCAAUGAAGAAUCAAGUCUCUGUCACUAUGAGUCCUUGAAUGAAAAGUGUCCUUUAAAAUUCACUUAUACUGCUUUCCAUGGUGUAGGAUUACCAUAUGUGACAAAAAUGAUGGAGGUUUUCAAAUUUCGGUCUAAAAAUAUUGUCAUUGUUCAGGAACAUGCAAAGCCGGACCCUGAUUUUCCAACAGUGCCAUUUCCUAAUCCAGAAGAAGGUCUUAAAGUGUUAAAAAUACCAAUAUCAGUUGCUGACCAACAUAAUUCCACUAUAAUUUUAGCCAACGAUCCAGAUGCUGAUCGUUGUCAGGUGGCAGAAAAACAAUUAAAUGGUGACUGGAAGGUUUUCACUGGUAAUGAGAUGGGAGCAUUAAUGUCGUGGUGGGUUUGGCGUUGCUGGCGAGAACAAAAUCCAGAAAAGGACUCUUCAGAUGUUUAUAUCGUGAAUAGCGUUGUUUCGUCUUCGAUAACUCAUACUAUUGCUGUUGCAGAAGGAUUUAAGACGGAUGUUGGUUUAACAGGGUUUAAAUGGUUAGGGAACAAAUGCGAUUAUCUUCGUCGAGAAGGCAAAGAAGUACUGUUGGCAUGGGAAGAAUCAAUAGGUUUUAUGGUGGGACAUUCCCUCGAUAAAGAUGGCAUUACGGCAGUGGUAGUAUUCGCUGAAAUGGCAUCAUAUUUGUGCUCUAUAAAUUUGACUCUUAAUCAGCAACUUGUUAACAUCUUCAAAAAAUAUGGUUUCCAUUUAUUUAUCAGCUCGUAUUGGUUUGUACCUAGUCAAACAAUAAUGAGGGAUAUUUUCGCAAAGCUUCGCAAAGAGGGAAAGUACCCCAAAAAGAUCGGAACAUAUGAUGUUAAAUAUGUACGAGACCUUAUGACUGGAUAUGAUGAUGAGCAACCUGAUAAAAAAACAGUUUUACCUCUUUCUCGAUCAUCUGAAAUGAUAACUUUUUCAUUGUCAAAUGGUAGUUGGACAACAAUUCGAGCAAGUGGGACUGAGCCUAAAAUCAAAUACUACAUUGAGUUCAAAUCUCUAGGGGGCAAAACUGAAAAAGAUCUAGUAGACAUGAAGAACGAAUUGUCUAAAUUGGAGCAAGCUGUGGUCGACAAUUUAUUGGAACCAAAAGUAAAUGGUCUUAUUGCAAGGAACUAAAU